AGGGGAGCGGGGAGGCAGCGCCGCCCCGGCUGGAAGGGCGGGCGGGGGACCCAGCGGCAGCGCUCUCGCCGGCCGGGUUUUCCACUGUUCGCUUAAAAUCCCGCCGGGCGGCUCCGUACGCGGGCCCUUCUCUCCCGCCGCGAAGAAAAGACACGAUUUUCCCGUGGCGGAGCGAGGCAGCCGAUCGGCGUCCAGCGCUCGGUUGCCCGGCGGCGUCGGCAAAGCGGGAAGCAUGGCGGCGACGGGGGUUGCGGCGAGGACCGAGGCUGUCUCGCCGGCUGGAGGGGUGGAGGGCAGAGAGGUCUUGGGAGACAGGUCCUCCUCUGAGGAUGCAGUUUCUUGCUUCCUGCCUCCGUCUGGAAGGACGGUUUGGUAGUCAACUGGUCAGGCCAAGGAUUGCAAAAACUGGGUCCGACCUUACCCUGUGACGCUGAUACUCACACUUUGAUUCUGGACAAAAACCAGAUAAUUAAAUUGGAACACUUGGAGAAAUGCAGGAAUCUGAUGCAGCUCUCUGUAGCCAACAAUCGUUUGGUGCGAAUGAUGGGUGUAGCAAAACUGACUAAGCUUCGGGUGCUAAACUUGCCUCAUAAUAGUAUUGGGUAUGUGGAAGGGCUGAAGGAUUUGGUGCAUCUGGAAUGGCUGAAUUUGGCAGGAAAUAACCUUAAGGCCAUUGAACAAAUCAAUUACUGUGUAUCUCUUCAGCAUCUUGAUUUGUCAGACAAUAACAUAGCUCAAUUAGGUGAUCUCUCCAAGCUUACAUCGCUGAAGACUCUGUUGCUGCAUGGAAAUAUUAUAACUUCACUUCGCACUGCCCCUGUUUGCCUACCUCAGAAUCUGACUGUUUUUUCUUUGGCAGAAAAUGAAAUCAGAGACUUAAAUGAGGUUUCUUUCCUGGCCUCUCUUCGUCAAUUGGAACAGUUGUCAAUUAUGAACAAUCCUUGUGUGAUGGCCACACCUUCUAUCCCUGGCUUUGACUACAGGCCGUAUAUUGUCAGCUGGUGUCUGAACCUUAAAGUUCUUGAUGGAUAUGUGAUUUCUCAGAAGGAAAGUUUGAAAGCAGAAUGGCUCUACAGUCAAGGUAAAGGAAGAUCAUAUCGACCUGGGCAGCAUGUUCAGCUAGUCCAGUACUUGGCUACUGUUUGUCCUCUUGUAUCUACAUACGGUCUCCAGACUGAAGAGGAUGCCAAACUGGAAAAAAUACUGAGUAAGCAAAGGCUCCACCAGAGGCAGUUGAUGCAUCAAAACCAAAAUGAAGGUCCACCUACAUCUUCUGCUCCCAACAAAACACUGCCAGUUGCUUAUGAACACAGCAGUCCAUCCCAGCCGCCACAGAUAGUUUUUGAAAGUGAACCUAUCAUCCAGAAGAAUUCCUGGGUUGGACCAAGUGCAAACGAUGAUCAUUCCUAUGCAGUAAAGAACACUUUUCUUCUUGAAAGAAGUUUUCACAAGGAGCUAUACCUUGAAGAUAUACAGACAGAUGAAGACAAACUAAACAGCAGCCUUUUAUCCUCAGAGUCUACUUUCAUGCCAGUUGCUUCAGGAUUGUCUCCGGUGUCUCCUAAUUCAGACCUGAAGCUACAUGGAAUCACUUUGGGCCUAGGAGACGAUGAUGAUACAGUGAUCGAAUGUGAGAGAGCUGUUAAUAGCGGAGAGACAACUAUCAAGCAAGAAGCUUCAUGUGUUACAAGAGAGCACUCGAACAGAGCAGCGGAAAGUGUGGAAACUCAAGAGAAUAUCAAAGAGAGUAUGCUGUUGCCUUCUGCUGAUCCAGUAACAGCUAGCUUGACUGCUAAUACUAGCAACUGUUCAGCAUCCUCUGAAGACCAAGUUCUGCAUAAUCAUCCCAGCACCUCAGUGGGUGCUGAAUCAGGAGUUACAACUCUUUGUCCUGACCAGAUGACAGGAGAAAGUUCUGAUUCCUUAGCUGUUGUUGAUCAAGGUGCAGCUGAACUGCAAAGAAUGGCUAAAGCAGCUACCAAGCUUCAAGCCUGCUGGAGAGGAUUUUACACGAGGAACUACCAUCCCCGAGCCAAGGAAGUGCGGUAUGAAAUUCGCUUAAACAGAAUGCAGGAGCACAUCAUUUGCUUAACUGAUGAAAUAGAAAAACUAAGAAAAGAAAGAGAGGAAGAUAAGAUUCAGAGGCUUGUACAGGAGGAAGCUGUCAGAUUUCUUUGGAACCAGGUUAAAUCCCUUCAACAAUGGCACCUUUCAGUAACACAGAAUUUAGGUGCCACUUGGCAACCUGGGAUCCCUUCAGCCGGUAUUUUCUGUUCAUCCGAACCAUUUAUUCGAUCAUCCACACUUGAGCAAGAAACCGCACCAGAUGUUAGUUCUGCUUGUUUAGUUCCAGCUAGUGAAGUUCUUCAGGAAAAGUCUUUGUUGCAGUUCCCAGAUUCUGGUUUUCAUUCUUCUAUGGCUGAUCGGACUCAUGUCAGUGACUUGUGUAGCUCUGAAAAGAGUUUAACAGAAGGAACUGAGAGCUCUCUUUCAGUGGAAACUGUCAAACAAUGUGGCAAUUCUGUUUCAGCCUAUUCUUCAGAUGUAGAGGAUGGCCAUGGGGAAUGUGAGCAAAGUAAAGAGAGCUCUAGUAGUGAACAGGACAACAGACUAAUACAACAGUAUUUGAAAUCUGUUCAGCAGCUGGAAGAGGCUGAUGAAGGGACAGAUUGCAAUGAGGAAACAGAGGGUAGCUGGCCACAAAUUGCUGUUUCACCAGAAAGCCAAGAUUCUUCAUCUGACACUGUCUUUGUAGAUCUCCCUCAAGAUACAUCUUCCCCUGCCCGAGGUGAAAUUGGUCAGACACCAGAAAGCUGCAAACUGAAUUCGGGAAUAGCAGAAGGGAAGCAAACAGACUGCGAUUCUUCAUUUCAGAUGCUGCAUGUUGGGAUAGCUGUAUAGUAGGCUCAGUUCCACAAAGGACUAGGGAUUCCAUUUCACUUUCCUUUCUCUUUCUUUUUCCCAUUUAUACAAAACUUAUUUUUCAUGUGUGCUGCUUCAGAUUUUUACUCAUGUUACCAAUUUAUGUUUUAAUUAGUAUUUUAUUGAUGUUGCUGAGGACUGACACUAACUGUGCUAACCUAAAAUCAGCAAAGUUCUCAGUGACGGUCAUUAUGCACUUUAUUUUCAAACAUAAAACUGAUAUCUUAAUAACUGGCUUCCAUUAAAUUAAUUCUGAAGAUUGGGGGUGUUGGGGGGGAGGUGUUUGCUGUAAAUUCACAUUGAUGAAUGUGUUAGUAAGUCUUUGCAUUUUUUUCUAAAAAGCAGAAUUGAGUUCUACUUUGCAAAGAGAAGGAAACAAUAUGGGAAGAAACAGCAUCAGCAUAGACAGUGUGUGCGUAUGGAUACAGCCUGAUGAGAAAGGUGAAAGCAGUUGCCUUUC